AUGUCUGCCAAAUCGGGAGUCGAGCUUCGACCGCUGGGAAAGAAUGGUCCCCUCGUUCCUCGUAUCGGCCUCGGGUGCGUCCCACUAGGAGGCGGCGCAUACGGCGUCGCACUCUCUGAUGAGGAGCGCCUGGCUCUCUUGGAUGAAGCCUACAACAUCGGCGCACGUUUCUGGGACACUGUGACUCCUGCUGACCAUGGCACAGCGGACGAGUAUGCCGACGCCGAAGACGUCCUGGGCAAGUGGUUCCGCGCAAACCCCGAGAAGCGCAAGGACAUCACCCUUGCCACCAAGUUCGCCAUCCGGCCUGGAGAAGGUGGACGUUCCAAAUUCACCGUCGACUCUUCGCCGGAGUACUGCCGCGAAGCCAUUGAGAAAUCACUUUCAAGACUCGGCGUGUCAUAUGUUGACAUCUACUACGUCCACCGCCUCGAUAAGGUGACGCCCAUUGAGAAGACUAUGGAGACUCUCGUUGAGCUGAAGAACCAGGGAAAGAUCAAGCACAUUGGCCUCAGCGAGUGCAGCGCAGCCAGUCUCCGCCGAGGUCAUGCCGUUCACCCCGUUUCUUGCAUUCAGCUCGAGUACAGCCUCUUUUGCAGGGCCAUCGAAUCGCCUCAGACCCCGCUUCUAGAGACGGCUCGCCAGCUGGGUGUGGCGGUCGUGGCGUACGGCCCGCUGAACUCGGGAUUGCUGUCUGGGGCCAUCCGCACUCGUGAGGAUAUCUCGAAGCCUGGAGAUUUGCGUGGCUUCGUUCCUGCGCUUAGCGAAGAAAACCUGUCCAACAAUGUGGGUAUUGUCGAGAAGAUCUCCGAGAUUGCCAAGGAUGUAGGCGCUACCAACAGCCAACUGGCUCUGGCUUGGCUUCUGGCUCAAGGUGACGACAUUUUUCCCAUCCCCGGAACAACCAAGAUCCAUCGCCUUAGGGAGAAUACAGCGAGCAUGUCGAUUUCCCUUUUCAGCGAGCAGAAUCAGAAACUUCGAGAGCUCGCAAGUAACUUUGCGGGACAGAGGGUUCAAGAGUUGUUGGGUCAUGCCUUUGGUGAUAGUGCUCCAUUGCACUAA